CCGCCAGGGAGCGUGUGCACGCUGCCCCGCCCCCAGCCAGCGCUGCCAGGGCUCGCGGCCACGCGCAACAGGCCCGGCCGGGUUUGCAUUUCCUCACGGCGUGGUCUUGAAGACAGAACGAUGCCAAAGAAAGCAAAGUCUAUGGGGCCUGGGAAGGAAGAGGGGCCAGUUCCUCGGAAACAGCUGAAGGUGGAAGCAGCCGGGGGGCCCUCCUUUUUAAACUUUGACAGCCCCAGUGAUUUGUUUGAAAGUUUAAUUUCGCCCAUCAAGACGGAGACUUUUUUCAAGGAAUUCUGGGAACAGAAGCCCCUUCUUGUUCAGAGAGAUGACCCUGCGCUGGCCGCAUAUUACCAAUCCCUUUUCAAGUUGUCAGAUCUGAAGAGUCUGUGCAGCCGGGGUAUGUACUAUGGAAGAGACAUAAAUGUCUGCCGGUGUGUCAAUGGGAAGAAGAAGGUUUUAAAUAAAGAUGGCAAAGUGCACUUUCUUCAGCUGAGAAAAGAUUUUGAUCAGAAAAGGGCAACAAUUCAGUUUCACCAACCUCAGAGAUUUAAGGAUGACCUAUGGAGGAUCCAGGAGAAGCUUGAAUGCUACUUUGGUUCCUUGGUUGGCUCGAAUGUGUACAUAACCCCUGCUGGAUCUCAGGGCCUGCCACCCCACUAUGAUGAUGUUGAGGUGUUCAUCUUGCAGCUGGAGGGAGAGAAGCACUGGCGCCUUUACCACCCCACCGUGCCCCUGGCUCGGGACUACAGCGUGGAGGCAGAGGACAGGAUCGGGAGGCCAGCCCACGAGUUCACGUUGAAGCCUGGUGAUUUGUUAUACUUUCCCAGAGGGACCAUUCAUCAGGCAGACACCCCUCCGGGGCUGGCCCACUCAACUCACGUGACCAUCAGCACCUACCAGAACAAUUCAUGGGGAGAUUUCCUUUUGGACACCAUUUCGGGGCUUGUGUUUGACGCCGCAAAGGAAGACCUGGCGUUCCGGGCCGGCAUCCCCCGGCAGCUCCUCCUGCAGGUGGGAACCACAACUGCUGCCGUAAGAAGACUGAGUGGCUUUCUGAGGACGCUUGCAGACCGUCUGGAAGGCACCAACAAGCUGCUGUCAUCAGACAUGAAGAAGGAUUUUGUUAUGAACAGACUCCCACCGUACUAUGUGGGAGACGGAGCAGAACUCGCAACUCCAGGUGGACAGCUGCCCGGGUUGGACAGCGUAGUGAAGCUGCAGUUUAAGGACCACACUGUCCUCACAGUGAAGCCAGAGCAGGAUGGAUCUGAUGAAGCUCAAGAAAACAUGGUUUUUGUGUAUCAUUCCUUAAAGAAUAGGAGAGAGACACACAUGAUGGGAAGUGAGGAAACAGAGUCUCAUGGACUUCGCUUUCCUUUGUCUCACGUGGAUGCACUAAAGCAAAUUUGGAACAGCUCACCUGUUUCUGUCAAGGACCUGAAACUUCCCACAGAUGAGCAGAAGGAAGCCCUGGCACUGGCCCUCUGGACGGAAUGUUUAAUCCAGGUGGUCUAGUGCCUUCACAGAGCCGAGCGUCCUGCAUUUCACAUCCGCACAGUAGAAGACGACCUGCAGUUUAAGUGCCCGGGAGCCCCUUUCGGUCUGCGUCAAUGGACUGGUUGGAGGACCGGUUACAUACAACUCGGCCUGCGUGUGUCUCUGAUAACCUGAGACCCGCAUGUAGCUGGUGGUCAGCUGGCCAUGUGUACUAACAGAGGCACGUGGGAGAAAGAAUGGCAGAUUACUGGGCAUCUAGAAAGUGACAAAACCAUACUUUUGACAAGUUUAUUUAAUCCAGUGUGGUAGAAAAGGCACAACUACAAUAAAUGUAUCAGUUAAAUUUAAAAA